GAGAGAAAAAAAAGGAACAGCCCGAGCCAAACAAAUCCGCUGGAAGAGUCGGCGUGGAGAAGGCGAGAUAACAGCCGGGGCCAGGAAAGAAUGCUUGAAAACAAAAGAGAACGCUUGAAAACCUUCCUCAGGAAGAUAGACGAGAAGGCUAUCGUCAGGAUCAAGCACUUCAUGAAAGAAAGCAACUACCCAGAGUGUGGCGGCGGCGUUGGUGGUGGCGGCGGUGGGCUGCCGACCAAGGUGAAGAGGAGCAAAAGCAGCCUGGGCAAUGGCAGCUUCAGGAGGAAGGCGGAGCCGAUGAAGGCGCUGAGCCUGGAGGAUGCGUUGGACCCCCAGAGGGAGCACAGGACCCUCACCAGACAGCAGCCUGUCAGGUCACAGACGUUUGAUCUGGAUAGCAAAACCUUUGAGAGAACCAACGGCAACGGACCUCAAAGUAGCUUCGUCAAGCACAACAAGACAUUCCACAAGCUGUUCCCGGACAUUCCCGAGGGAGAAGACUUGAUCCACGCGUACAUCUGCGCGUGGCAGAAAGAAGUGCCCUACCACGGGCGACUGUACAUCACAGAGACCCACGCCUGCUUCUACUCCUCGGUCCUGCUCAAAGAAACCAAGGCGGUCAUUUCCGUGUCCUCCAUCCAGAAGGUGAAGAAGCAGAACAUGGCGCUCCUGGUUCCCAACGCCCUCUCCAUCCGCACCAGUGAGGGAGACAAGUACCUGUUUGUGUCUCUGAGGAACCGUGACGCGUGCUACCAGCUGCUCUGCUCGGUCUCUCCUCGGUUAGAGGCGGGCAGCACCAAUAGCAGUUUGAUCUUGUCUUCAGCGGAGCACAGUGAGAAGAGCAAACUAGUGAACUCCAGCCAGUCGAGUCUGGACGACAGCUUUGACCGCCCCGACUCCGCCGCCCCCCAGCCUCCUGCUGGAGCCCUCCCCGACAGAAACCCUGAAAGCGGAGCGAUGAGCUUGCCUAAUGGGAGCCUUCCCUCCCCGAAGAGUCGGCUCACAGCGCACAGAGACCUCUCCUCCUCCUUCUCCUCCUCCUCCUCCUCUGAGCUGCCCAUGGAAGAAGGCGGGUCGUGGAUGUGCAGUGUGACGCGGAGAGCUAGGUCUCUGCUGUACCAGAGAGAAGCAAGCACCCUCAACACACUCCUGGUCAUCUACCUGAUCCUGGUAAUGCUACUGCUGCUAUCGUCAGGCUACAUCGGCCUGCGCAUCGUAGCGUUGGAGGAGCAGCUGAAUCUACUGGGGGCUCUCCCAGAGUUCUCUCUGAACAGCGGGUAUCAAGACACAUAGCCCUCAUUGGCUGAACCGGAAAAUUACUUGAGCUGUGAUUUGGAGGACCACUACCCUGCAGUAACCAAUGGGAGGGAUGGGUUCUGAUGCAUUCAGACUGUCCGUCCGUCCGUCCGUCCCCCCGUCCGGACAUUGCCCCUCUGGUCGCUGGUUCGGCCUGCAGGAACAGCGGGCUUACCUGUGCAAUCUCCCACUGACACCCUGCUGUGGAAACACUGGGUUCCCCCCCCCUCCUCCUCCUCCGAAGGGCUAAACCUCAUCACCUUGUCCUCCACCCGAGAUGGAGCACACCGGGCUGGGAGACUGGACCCCCGUCAACGCUCCGGAGCUAAGCCGACAUGCGUCUCAUGCACACCCACAUGCACAAGCGCGCACAAACACACACACAGACCCUCUGCCUGGCUGCAGUGGGUGUCGGUGUGGUUUCAUACCAAAGCCAAAUGACUCCUGGGAACACGUGCCACGGCGUUGACUGAUCACAGAUGUUUUCUAACGGCGACUCCUCCCCUCUGUUCUUCCUUCGUCGGGAGUCGGUUAUCCCUCCUCUUCUACCGAUCGCACCCUUUCGAUCCAGCGCUGCACGCAACCAAAGAUGCACCAGGUGCGUGCGUGCUUUGCAUGGGGUGCUGGGCGACGACCUCUCUAUGGCUUUUAUCUGUGUCCUCUUUGCAUUUCCCCCGACCACAUCCUCCCCAGUGGGUAGCUACACGAAUUUGCCUUGUGUGCAGUCGGUCGCCAAUCAUCGGGUACUCGGGUCUCAAAUGACGAUUACCUUAAAGUUUAUAAACUGCUUGGAUCAGAUCCGCCCAGAGGUGGGUCUCGGUUCUCUACAGAAGGCCUGCACCCCCUCUCGUCUUCUCCCCGUCGUUGGUCUUUAAUCCCAGAGUACAGUGUUAAUCCCCCCCCCCCCCCCCCCCCCCCCCCCCAAACCCAGCAUUGGGAAUGAUUUAAUUCUUUAAUGAUCGAUGCUUGGUGGGUUUAAUUCCCCACCGCUCUUGACCUAGGCUUCCGAUGCACGAGCCCACUGAGACCGAAGCACGCAAGCUGGACUUGGCUUUGCUGAUGGGCUCUGGGUAGACCACCAGUCCGAACGACCACUUGGUCGGGGACAGCGGUUGUGGUUCUAAGACUUAUUGAGGCUCGUCGCUGAUUCUUUAUCCAUGUAUCGACAGCGUUGUGUUUUAGGAAACGGGGAGGGAACGUACAGGCCUCCAGGGUUCUGGUGAAAGACCUGGAUCAUCAGGGGGCAUUUUAAACGGGUUUCUAAAAAUGACAGAUACUGUAUUUGCAGAGAUGCCACCGUUGUGUGUGUGUGUGUAGCGUGUGUGGAGCGUGUGUCGAGCGUGUGUCGAGCGCCUGUGAUCUCAUUUUUAGCCACCUGAAAUGGGACCAGAUCCUUUUUAGAUUUCUAAACUAUGAGAACCACACUGUUACUGUGAGGUCGGAGGUUUCAACUAAAAGCAAAAACGUGGUGGUCCAAAAAAAAACUAUUUCAAUAUGCAACGAGUGAUUAUGCAUGUAUAUAUCUAACAAAAAAAAAAAGUCUUUUCUAUCGUGCCGUUGUUUUAAACUGAAGUUGGGCUUGUCUCGACAAGAAAUGGUGAGGGUGAAGAAGCUGUGCACUUUAUUGAGACAUGUGAUUCGCCCGUCCUGACCCCAAAAAACGUCACACCUGGGCAGGAGAGGGUGGCCGUUUGUCCUGUGUUUAUUUUUCUUUUCUUUUUAUUUCUGUUUUCUCUCGACCUUGCAAAGACAUUGUUUGUUUUCUCCUCUUUUUUUUUUUUUUCUUCUUUUAAAUUAUUUGUCACUCAGGGGAGGUGGGUGCUGAUGUCGACGAGGGAUUUGGGGGGUUCACUCCUAGCACCUCACCUCUUGACACCGACCUGACGGUCUGAUUCUACCCUCCGGGCUAAAUGCACGCUACAUUGACCCUCGCACGGGUACGGAGCGCUAAAUGAGAGCCUUGUCCUCGCUGAAUAACCACAGGGGGGGGGGGGGCUCUCAGCACUUUGUCUGCUUUAUCUUGUUUAUCUUUUAUGUAACUCCAUUUUUACACGUCUCAGAUCCUGCACCAUCGCAUGACUUUUAAAUCAGUUGUUCCCCCCGCCCCCCGGUGCAAAACGAAAGUACUGAAAUCUAAUCCUGACUGAACGAAGUAUGGAGCAGUACUGUCGGUUCUCAAAACAUCAACCCUGCCUCCCACUAGGUGGCAUGGGGUAAGCACACACGAAUCACUGCCCUCAAAGAACACAAUGCAACGAGCUACACGACGGAGGCAGUAUGUGAUUUUUGCACUAUUCAAAGUGUUGUUAACCAAUGAUUUGUACCGAUUUCGUUGUCUUUAAUUCUAUGGUCAUAUAUAGAUAUAUAUUUAUUUGCAUUAUGUCAUGCAAAGUGGUCUCUGUGAGAUGGCUUUGUUAUUGUUUAAAAUAAAUCAAGUGUUGGAAGAAUUA